UCUUUGCAGAUCUAUCAGAGGUGUUGGUUAGUAUUCAAGAAAGCAUCUAGCAAAGGGCCAAAGCGUCUGGAGAAGUUUUCUGAUGAGCGAGCCGCGUAUUUUCGAUGUUACCAUAAGGUGACGGAACUGAACAAUGUCAAAAAUAUCCUCCGACUCCCUAAAACCACCAAGAAACAUGCAGUGGGCAUUUUCUUCACCGAUGACACCUCAAAAACAUUUGCCUGUGAAUCGGAGUUGGAGGCAGAUGAAUGGUGCAAGAUUCUGCAUACAGAGUGCCUUGGGACUCGGAUCAGCGACAUCAGUUUGGGAGAACCGGACCUGUUAGCUACCGGAGUGGAGAGAGAGCAGAACGAGAGAUUCAAUGUGUAUUUGAUGCCGUCUCCCAAUUUAGAUGUCCACGGGGAAUGCACGCUGCAGAUCACCUGCGAGAACAUCUGCCUGUGGGACGUACAAAAUCCGAGGCUGAAGCUGGUGUCUUGGCCGCUAAGCUCCCUACGGAGGUACGGGCGAGACCCAGCCUGGUUCACCUUUGAAGCUGGCAGGAUGUGUGACACUGGGGAGGGCCUCUUUAUCUUCCAAACCAGAGAAGGUGAAGCCAUCUAUCAUAAAGUUCACUCGGCGGCGCUGGCGAUAGCGGAACAACAUGAGCGGCUACUGCAGAGCGUCAAGAAUUCAAUGCUGCAGAGAAGGAUAAGUGAAAGGACAGUUUCCCUUAACACAAUGGUCCCAUUACCACGUAGCGCAUACUGGCACCAUAUAACACGACAGCACAGCACUGGACAAUUAUACAGUCUUCAAGGUAAGAGACCUGAUGAACAUUGUAUCUUCUGUUGA